GAGUCGCUGGUUUUUGCUGAGAGGCCGAUAUUUGCAACGCUCGAUCGCCAGUCCAGAUGAUGGCGAGUAUUCAGACGGCGAAGAAGGAGCUGCGGCAGCGGAUGCGCUGCGUCCUGCAGAGUCUGCCACCGGAGGCGAUCGCCGCACAAUGUGCAAAAAUUACGAGCGAGAGGCUGUGUGCGCUGCCAGAGUACCAGCAGGCGCAGCGGAUCGGCGUCUAUCUCUCCAUGCCAGCGGGGGAGCUGUCGACCACGGCCAUCGUACAGGACGCCCUCGCCCGCGGCAAAGAGGUGUUUAUACCCUACAUACAUCGGGUCGAGGCGGAGCCGGCCCAGUCGAAAAGGGUCUCUGUCAUGGACAUGCUGGCGCUGACGUCCAUGGCCGAGUUCGAAGCCCUGGUUCCCGACCGCUGGGGGAUCCCCUCGCUGCAGGCCGAACAGGUUACGGACAGAGACAAUUGUUUCGGCGGGCAGGGAGUAUCGCCGCGCAGGACGAUCGAGUCCACGGGGGGCGACCGCCACGGGCUCGACCUGAUCGUGAUGCCGGGCAUGGCUUUUGACACGGGGUUCCGCCGGUUAGGCCAUGGAAAGGGAUAUUAUGAUUAUUUCUUGACUCGAUUCUCCAAAAACGAGGCCCAGAGCAAGUCCGGGACGUUGAAGAUGCCUUUUCUUGGUAAGAAACCAACCCCCCUGCGCCGGACAAAUAGACAUAGAACACACAAGGAGACACGAAAAAAAAAGGAAGAAAAAAGCACGUUCUAACAGGGAAACAGUCGCCCUGGCCCUCCACGAGCAAGUCCUUUCGCCGCCCGAGGAGAUUCCAGUCCUAGAUCACGACUGGCUGGUAGAUGCGCUCAUUGUGGGCGACGGGCGAUUCCUCGUCCGUCACUGAACCUCUUUUUUUUGUCCCGA